AUGCUACUUGCAGACGCCUCCCGAGCACACUCGAAGCUCCACAUCACGCAAUGUGACCGCCAUGGAAAUGACAGCGGCGACGAUGAUCUCUCUGACGAUGGCGACAUGAAGAGCGCGACCGUGGCUAUGUCCGCUGUCGAGAUUGGCUCUGCCCGAGAGACGAGAAGCAUACUACGGCGCGCUUAUGCGCCAAAGAAGAGAUUGGCGGAAGAGCGAAUGGCCAAUGGCGAUGAUGAGUUCUGGAUGGCGUUUUCCACGGUUGCUGAAACUCAUUCCGAUUACUUGGAAGAACAGCGCGAAAGUGGAGAGCCUUCCCACCGUCGUCAGGAUCUCUAG